AUGGCGGCACUUCGUAGAAAAUUUGGUGAAGACUACCAGGUAGUGAACACAAAUCGGGCAGCCACUUUUUCUGCUCCGGUUAAGAAGAAACGCCAGCGCUUCGUGGACAAGAACGGUCGCUGCAACGUGCAGCACGGAAACCUCGGUGGAGAGACCAGCAGGUACUUCUCUGACCUCUUCACCACUUUGGUAGACCUAAAGUGGCGAUGGAACAUGCUCAUUUUCAUCCUAACGUACACGAUCGCUUGGCUGGUCAUGGCAUCUAUGUGGUGGAUCAUCGCUUAUAUCAGAGGAGACCUAAAUCACGGCCACGACGCGUCCUACACCCCCUGUGUGGCCAAUGUGUAUAACUUCCCUUCAGCUUUUCUGUUUUUCAUCGAGACUGAGGCCACAAUCGGUUACGGCUACCGGUACAUUACAGAGAAGUGCCCGGAGGGCAUCAUCCUUUUCUUGUUUCAGUCGCUGAUGGGCUCCAUAGUGGACGCUUUUCUAAUCGGCUGCAUGUUCAUAAAAAUGUCCCAACCUAAGAAACGCGCAGAGACGCUCAUGUUCAGUCAGGACGCAGUGAUUUCCCAGCGAGACGGCAAACUGUGCCUCAUGUUCCGUGUGGGCAACCUGAGGAACAGCCACAUGGUGUCCGCUCAGAUCAGGUGCAAACUCAUUAAGUCCCGUCAGACCCCCGAGGGCGAGUUCCUGCCUCUUGACCAGUGUGAGCUGGAUGUUGGUUUUGGGACGGGUGCAGACCAGCUCUUCCUGGUGUCUCCGCUUACUAUUUGCCACGAAAUCAAUCCCAAGAGCCCCUUUUUCGACUUAUCCCAGCGCUCCCUCAUGAACGAAGAGUUUGAAAUUGUCGUUAUCCUCGAGGGCAUUGUGGAGACCACCGGAAUGACAUGCCAGGCACGAACAUCAUAUACCGAGGAUGAGGUUUUAUGGGGCCAUCGCUUCCUGCCAGUGAUGUCCCUAGAGGAGGGAUUUUUCAGGGUAGACUACUCUCAGUUCCACAGCACAUUCGAGGUACCAACACCACCGUACAGCGUCAAAGAGCAUGAAGAGAAAAAUUCACUGCCCUCACCUCUAUCCACUCCCACCCCCACACUGACUGAGAGCUACGGCGCCCGGCGUGACCGGGUGUUUUCCGUGGAUUGCAUCAACAUAUCAGAGGAAAGGAAGGGAGGGACUGGGGGUCGACUGCCGAGCAAGCUGCAGAGAAUGAGUUCAUCCGGGAAGGAGGACCUGCAGAGGAAGGUGCUGCUGCUCAGCUCCCAGCACUCGGAGAAGGCCUGCAGCACAGGAGACCUGCCACUGAAGCUUCAACGCCUCACCUCCUCGCCGGGGCCCGAGGCGGAGAAUCGGCUGCAACUCAAAUCCCUCAAGGUGGGGUUUGAACCCAUGACCCAGUCUACUGGAGACCUGUACCAGCACAGCCCAACGCCCAAACUGUCCCCUUCUCCGGUCCCCAUGCACAGUCCACUGCUCUCAGCCAGAGGGAGACCAGAGGACAACCUGCCAGCGAAGCUACGGAAGAUGAACGCUGACCGCUGA